CCCGUCCCCAUAUUCCGCCGUGAAAAACGAUACAAGCCUUAUGGCUAUUUUGUAUGCCACACAGCAAACCCUCGGAGUGAACCUAAUGGAGUUCGACAAGGCUGGGGAAACUACUGUUAUAACAGAUGAAGUAAAGAAUGCAUCAGCGUCAUACAAAGUUCGUAAUCUGAGAGAAGCUAGGGAUUUGUUUCUACGGACACUGAGUAACGUGAGAUCAGAAUACAACAGCCUUCAUCCUGACAAGGAUAACAACCCCUACACCUACAGCAUCAACGAUGUCGUUCUCCGGUGUACAUUCCAGGGCUCUGACUGUGGUGACAACCCAAGUUUGAGUCAAAAUAUCCAGGAUGAUGAAUUAUACGGCACGUGUUUUGAGAUUAAAGCCGAAAACGUUCCUGUGCUAACAGCCGGACAAGAACAAGGAAUAGAAUUGAUGAUCAGUUUGGACCACGAAGAGUUUAUCCCCUUCAUAACGGAGGGCAUAGGUAUAAACACGCGUAUCUAUGACAACAAAAACAAGAAUCCAUUCUUAGCAGAAAGCUCGGAUGGAGUCAAACUGUCGGCGGGGUUUGAAAUAAACAUUGCCAUAUCAUUGACAGAAUACAACAGAAAACCAGGAAACAAUGCCCGAUGUGACAAUACAAACCAGUUCCCUAACAUACUGGCAUGUCUUGAAGAAUGUGUACGUAACGUCGUCUCUGAGAAGUGUGGUUGCGGUUCUACGGGAGCUAUAGACGAAGAUUUUGAACCUUGUGACAAAUCUGCAAGUUUGGUAUGUAGGAAACGUAUUCAACAGUCUAUUUAUUCCCAUUGUCCUGAUUGCAAACAACCGUGCAAUGAGAAGAAAUAUGAACAAUUAAUUACGAUGACACGCUGGCCGUCCAAGUCGACAGAACCACUGGUUCGUAAAAUUCUCCGAGAUAAUAACAAAACGACCCCAUCACUGAGUGAAAAUGUGAUGUUGGUGCAUGUGUAUUAUUCUUCACUCACUGUCCAGAGUUUUAAUGAAGAAGUGGCGUACACGGAGGAGAACUUUGUAAGUGACAUUGGAGGACAGCUGGGACUUUGGAUUGGUAUGUCCGUACUGACUCUGGCAGAGAUUGUCGAGUUAGGCAUUCUCAUUCUGAUUGGAUUCUGUGAAACACGGAAUAAAGAUGUAACUCCAGUCGUUCCUACAGGAUAAAUAAACGUGGUACAGGAACACUUGAUGCAGCCUAAAUCCACAGUUAUUUGACUAUUUUAUGUUUGUGGACCUGAAAAAAACUGUUCUCUUAUGAAUCUUGGUUUUUCGAACGACAAACCGAGGAGAAUUUAGGUUUCAUAUCGUUUUACAACAUCGUCACCUAACCUGGUCUAAUAAUGGUGGAAAUUAAGAAGUCACCAUUCCCUUCCCUGAUUGUUCAACUUGUUCUUACUUUUACACACGCCCUUCAUGCUGAUUGUCUUUUGUUAGUCUUUUAUCGGCCCUUACAGUUAUUUUUUACCCAUUCAAAUGACUCUAGCGGGCUGAUAAUCAUGAAAAAACGGACAGGACGUUCUUGGCAACCUUUCUCCAUUGUCCACUUCAAAAGUCCAAUCUGACAUCUUAGUAUAUAACACUCUCUUAUUCCUGGUCACGAUACUGAUCCUUUUCUAUUUUGAUGUGACGAACAUUGUCUUCCAUCUUCUUGCUGCUGAUAUUUUAAGCCCCACGUGCAUCGACUGAUUACCAAAACCAGAAAAGUCUGUACUCAUCUGCUCCGUAAUGUUGAUGGGUGACUGAAACACAUUCACCUAUGUGUACCAUGAUACACAGUGUAAUCAAGCCAUAGCAUUUCUUUAUGGCACGUGGAAUAAAAACGUCAACUACGCUGUUUUGAUGUUUAUGUGAAUAGCAUGCGUUGGAACUACCUAUGAAGCGUAAAAAUGACGAUUUUGUUCAAAAUCUUAAUUACCAAAACAUUCCUCCGCACCAAAUAAUGCAAAUCACUGUUCGUUUAUUUAAAAAUGUAAACAAUUACAGCCAUGCAAAUGAUGCUGAACACAAGAAUAUAUUGAAAACCCUUCAGUAACAACUUUGACACAUAAUUGUCAAUAGACGCUAUCGCCAACAUCCUUAAAUAUCGCCUAGCACCAUAGGUGGAACAUUAUUGUCAGUGGAAACAUCAUUGUUGGAACAAGCAGUAUCACCAUUAACUCAUAUGAACACAUAGAUAUAUUCGCAGUGGUCAAAAUGCGCCGUCCUUUGUUCGUGCAUGAAACCGACACCGAGUGAACAUUGCAUUUCCGCGCCAAGUGACGUCACGCUCGACGUCAUACAAACAGUCGUUACGACACUAGCGAACUAUUAUUUUAUUGUACAUUUGUUUCAAUCGCAAAUUAACAGUUGUAAGUAAUUUCA